UUUGUGUUUUCUUUUGGCUUGUUUGCAAAAAGGAAAACAUGCACUUUCUGUACAUUUUGUGUUAAAUAUAUGACUCUUUAUAAAUAAUUUGUAAUCAAAUUUUAUAUUGCGAAGAAACAAGCAUUUACACAAGCAUAAAUGGAAGUGAAUACGUAAAUAUCAAACUCAAAAUGGAGAAUAAGAAAAUAUCCUUCGGAUUUUUGAAAACUAAGAAACAAGAAAAGCCUAUUAUUGCUGAACAACGCGACUACAUUGAGAGUGUCGAAGAAAAUGCCAUCAAAAUCAUUGGAAAAGAAGUGGCACAGGAGGUGGAACCGCUCAUAAUUCCUAUGAAACCAAACACAUUAAUUACUGCUGAAAGAUUAAAAGAAAUAGCUGAGAAAGUUGAAAGUUCAAUUAUUGAGCCGGAAAUAAGUCAAGUACCUGAAACUCAAAAUGAACCAAAAGAAAAUGAGACACUUGACCAAAUGGCUGUUCGGGAAUUAUUGCAAGAAGCUAAACAGGACAAAAAACAAGAAGUUCAGUCACUCAAAAUACUUGUACCAUCAACUCCAGUAAUAGAUGGUAAAAAAGAGUCAUCUUUAGAUGAUUAUGAAGCAGUGCCUAUAAGAGAAUUUGGAAUGGCCAUGCUGCGUGGAAUGGGCUGGACACCUGGAAAAGAAACGUCAAAAUAUAAACUGCCUAAUUUGCGUCCAAAAGGUUUAGGUCUGGGUGCAGACAAAGUUAUUAAAGAGAAUCAAAAGAAUAUGUCAAAAGACAAUGAUAAGGAUUUGGCAAUUGUUAAAAAUGCUUGCGUAAAGAUUACCACUGGAAAAUAUAAUGGAUGUUAUGGCAAGGUGGUGAGUUUGGAUGAGGAUAAUGGUCGAGUGAUGGUGAACAUUCCCAUUAAGAAGGAAACCAUCAGUUUAAGUGAAUUCAUGAUGCAACCAGUCACUAAAUCAGAAUUUGACAAACAAGCGAAAGUUAUAAAUGCAGACUCAUAUGAAGCCUAUAAAAAGAAUGAAUUACAUCAAAAGCCAUCAAAAUAUGAAUCAAUGAAAAAUGAAAGUUCAUCCAGUAAUAAAUCAAAAGAUAAGAAAGAUAAAAGAGAAAUAAAGAAUGAAAACGAUACAUCUCAAAAGAAAAGGGAACAUGCUAAUGGUAGGAGUAAAGAAAAAGAACAACAAUAUGAUUCAUCAAGCAGUGAAGAUGAUAUAAGACAGAAAAGAAUAGAAAGGAAAAGAUAUAGUAGCAAUGAAUCUCUUAGUUCUGAUUCUGACAGAAGAAAAAAAAAGAAUAAUAAGCACUAUAGUAGUAGUGAUUCCGAAGAUUAUAAAAGGCAUAAAAGUAGUUCUCGUAAAGAAAAAAAAGAUAUUGACAAGAAAAGAAAAGGUAAAAAGAAAAAGAGAGAUAGGGACCGCUCUCCUAGUCAUCGUAAGCAUAAAAAAUAA